UUGCAGGAUUCCUCCCAACAUCAGAGACAUCGUGUACUGCACCGGCGUCAGUCUGAUGGACGAGGACGUGUGGGAGUUCAUCUGGAUGAAGUUCCACUCGACCAGCGCCGUUUCAGAGAAGAAGAUCCUGCUGGAGGCUCUGACCUGCUCCGACAACACUUUCCUCCUCAAUAGGUUACUGAACCUGUCUCUGACCUCCGACCUGGUGCCGGAGCAGGACGUGAUCGACGUCAUCAUCCACGUGGGCAGAAACCCUCAGGGUCGAAACCUGGCCUGGAAGUACUUCAGAGAAAAGUGGGACGUCCUGAACGCUCGUUACGGUGAAGCGUUGUUCAUGAAUUCGAAUCUCAUCAGUGGAGUCACAGAGUUCCUGAACACCGAGAAAGAACUGAACGAG